AUGUUCAGACGUGUUGCUGAUUGCCUGAAUAACAAGCUUUCAAAAAGACUUGUCAUAAACUCAUGCUUCUCAACCGUAAUAUCGCCGAAACAACACGAUACGAUCUUUGCCUUAUCAUCUGGAUCAGGAAAAGCGGGAAUUGCCGUCAUCAGAGUAUCAGGGCCAAAGGCUGGAGAAGCUAUAAGGAAAAUGACAUUGGCCAAGGAGCUGGCGCCGCGGAGAGCCAUAUUUCACACGAUCUAUCAUCCUAUUAAUAAUGAAAUGCUAGAUCACGGCCUUACUUUAUGGUUUCCAGGACCGCGUAGUUACACCGGUGAAGAUGUGGCAGAAUUUCAUGUUCAUGGGGGAUCAGCAGUUAUCAAAGGCGUUUUCGACGCACUCGGAUCUCUUGAAGGAUUCAGACACGCAGCCAAAGGAGAAUUUACCAGGAGAGCGUUCGACAAUGACAAGCUCGAUCUCACCGAAAUAGAAGGGUUGGCUGAUCUAAUUAAUGCAGAAACUGAGGCACAAAAACGGUUAGCCUUACAGCAAGCACAGGGAGGAUUAAAAAAGCUAUAUUCUGGAUGGCGCAAAGAACUAGUUCAGAACAUGGCGCUUACCGAGGCAAUUAUUGAUUUUGGUGAGGAUGAACAUCUUGAAGAAGGAAUCAUGGAUCAAGGUAAUUGCGAGAGUCUAACAUCUACUGCUGAUAUAUAUACACGCCCUAAACUCACAUUCAUCAAAGUCACAAGAAGUACGCACAAGAUUGCAGAAUCAAUCAGAAACCAUAUGCAUGACUACAGACGAGGAGAAAUAUUACGCAAUGGAAUACAUGUGGCGAUUAUGGGACCUCCCAAUGCCGGCAAGAGCAGCUUUUUGAAUUACUUGACUUGUCGAGAGGCAGCCAUAGUAUCACCGGUUCCUGGGACGACCCGUGACGUCGUGGAAGUGUCGGUGAACAUUGGUGGCUACCCGUUAAUACUAGGAGAUACAGCCGGUCUGAGAGAAACGACUGAUUCAGUCGAGAGCAUAGGAAUAGAAAGAGCCAAGAAGAGAUUACAGUCAGCCGACAUUAAAAUAUGCGUGAUAUCCGCUGCCGACCUUCAGCCGACAAUGCUAGAUCCAGUCAUUGCCUCAUAUAUCGAUUCAGACACCAUUUUGCUCCUCAACAAGAUAGACCUCGUCCCAGGAGAAGGGAUUAGAGAUUUUCUAGACGCAUUUGUGAAUGUAAUUAAAGAAAAAUUUGACACUGUAUCCUCAGAAACACCCGUGAUCACACAGUCGAGACAUAGAGAGCAUCUACAAGAGUGUCUUGAAGGGUUGGAGCGGUUUGCAGAGCAAGACGAUGUUGUAUUACGCGCUGAAGAAUUGCGUUAUGCUGCAAACGCUGUUGGGAAAAUCACUGGUCAAGUGAACGUAGAGGAAGUGCUUGAUGCUAUAUUUGAGCGUUUUUGCAUUGGAAAAUGA